AUGCAAGCCUUCAGAGCACACGUGGUCUUUUGGUUGAUACCCAGCAGCCUUGCUCAGUACUAUUGUUGCAUCGAUGGGAAGUGUCCAUACAAGGAUCCCACGCCAUCUGGCUUUGAUUGCUUUCAGUCGGAGUCCAAAUGCAACUCCCAAUGCGGUGGAGGUCAUGACACUUGUUGGGGUUGCCAAGAUGGGAAGUGUACUCCAUGUGGCUGUGAGGGCGUGUGCCCUGGAAGCGGAGACUUUCCUUUUCAAGACAAAGCAGUCUGUGAUGAACGCUGCGCAGGCCCCCAGGCCACCUGGCUUUGUGCCUACGGGUGCCAGACAUCUCAGCAGUGCUUCACCAUGGCCCAAUGUGAGGAAGCUCCAGCGGGUAAGGACCCGUGUGAUGUGGAGAAGGCAAAGCAGAGCUGCCCCGGCACCUUCAUGCAGAAAUUCAAUCCACACAUGUACACCGACAACAGGUGCCCCAUGGAUGCCAAGAGCCUCAUUGCCGGCAACACCGGCUGCAAAGCUGCUUUGGAGAUCUUCAACUCGACGCUCGAAGAUCCGUGCCAUGAUGACCCAGAUGGAUCUAAACAUAAGUGCUAUGCAGAUUGUACUGCAUGCUUCAACGAGCGUGGAGCUGGGUCAAAGUGGUGCCAGCCCCCUGCAAGUGGAGGAUUUGGAUGCGACACCGGCUAUGAUUGCAAGUACCUGCUGGAUGAUCAAUCUUGCAGCUUCUUCUGUGGAUGCUCUGUCAAACCCACUCCAGGCAAAUGCCCGCAUGCCCCUGAUGAUGCUUGGAGAAUGUGCCGAGAUCCAGCCAAGGGUGGAGGCCCACAGUGUGUUUGGUGCCAGGAUAAGCAAACUUGCGUCGCUUCUGAAGGCAAGGUCUUCCCAAAGGGUUUCGAUCCAUCCUGCGGAGACCCAACUACUCCACCGUUGGAGAGCCCGGAGCCCAACACACAACUUGUGCGUCUACAAAUGUGCCGAUGA